AUGGAAUGCAGGGGAAAUGAAGAAGUUUGCCAAUUAGAGGCGCGAAAGCGAAACGGAAAGACGGAAAUGAUUUCUAUGGGCUGCAAAAGCCUUGACGCCUGCAAAAAUAACCGUCUCCAAAAUUUCUCCAACCGCUGGCAUCCUCAAUGCCGUCCCGACAAAACGCGCGGACCUUCAGUCUGUCGCCAAUGCUGCGAUAAAUCGCCAGACUGCGGACAGAAGAUUAUGAGCUGGAGUCUCAACAAAGUUUGGGGCUGGAAGAAUCCAAACUUUGUCACUUACAAACCUGGAAAGCUCUCGAGCUCAGAAGCUAAGUCAGCUACUACACAUUGGGAAGAUAGGCCAUCCAAAUCUGACACUGGUUUUCAAGUGAGUCGGGAGAAAGAAAUUGAAACCGAAGAACGAAUAGAAGGUUCCCGUGCGUUUCAAAGAGCGUACUCGUCUUAA